CAAGAAAAUACUAGAGGCAGGAGAGGGGCUGUUAAUGCUGGACGCUGGCAUACACUGAGAAAUCUUAAAGAGGAUACACAGACCUACAGGGAGGAAGAGAACAAACCAGACUAUUCUGUUUUGAAGCAAUUCACUUGAUAAGUUGAUCUUUGCUUUUUACCUGCUGGGACUAGAAAAUGACAGAGGAAGCAGAAGAUGGAUUUGAUCUCUGUCCAACCUCCAGGUCUGACCAACAGGCUCCACAUUUUCUACAAGAUAUCAUCUUCCACGGCAAGUUUAAGCUGCUGAAGGCUCUAACUCCAGAGGAAAACACCCAGUGCCAGCACGGCCUCUACUUUCUGGAUGGUCAGCGGCGCAUUGACUACGUUCUCAUCUACCCCGUGAAGAAACAGACCGGGGGGCGCUCCAGCCGACAGUCAGCGCACCAGCUCACUGAAAAUACUGUUGCCUGUAGCCUAGCUUGUGCCCCCCAGAGCCGUGACGAUUUCCAACAUCACCAAGGACAGAGUGUGAGAGACUCAUCGUCUAUGCUGUCAUCACCGGUGGCGGACGUGGAGCAUGGCUGUCCGGGAAAGACCUUCAGCAGCCAGGAAGAUCACAAGAUGUUCAGGAGGGAGGAGUUUGAAGGGAAACUCAGAGACAUGGGCCUGGAGCUGGAGAGAGAUGAGGAUGCUAAAAUUCCAGGGGUGGGCUUUGUGAAGAUUCACGCACCCUGGAACGUGCUCUGUCGAGAGGCCGAGUUAAUGAAGCUAAAGAUGCCCACCAAGAAGGUGUAUGAAGUUAAGCAGUCAAGCAGUGCUGUGGAGAAGAUCAGUUCUUUGGUCAAUAAAGUUCUGGAGCCUCUCCACCCUCAUGUUGAUGAACAUAAACCCAAAAACAUCAAACACCUUUCCCACACUUUCUCCAGGGAAAAACAACACCUGUUUGACCUCUCAGACAAAGAUGACUUCUUUGACAGCAAAACCAGGAGUUCAAUAGUUUUUGAAAUACUAAAAAGAACAAAAUGCAAGGCCAAGUACAACAUGGGUAUCACCAGUCUCCUGGGAAGCGGUGUCUAUACAGCAGCUUACCCUCUUCAUGAUGGAGAUAUUAAUGAGGAUAGCGCAGAGCCCAAUGACAGAAAGCUUUUAUAUGAAGAGUGGGCAAACUACAGCGUCUUCUACAAGUACCAGCCCCUUGGACUUGUGCGGAAGUACUUUGGCGAGAAGAUUGGUCUGUACUUUGCCUGGUUGGGUCUGUAUACGCAGAUGCUGAUUCCUGCCUCUCUGGUGGGGGUCAUUGUCUUUCUGUAUGGAUGUGCAACAGUCGAUGACAACAUACCAAGUUAG